GGAUAAUGUAAAAUGGCUGCCGUAUUUUGACAAAGUUAUCAUCUCCUUCACCUUGUUUGGUCAUGGUUGUUUGUCAAUAUUUCUUAAAGGGCGAGUGCCGAUUUGGAGAUAGUUGCCGUAAUGAACAUACUGCAGGUAAGCUUCAUGGUUCCUUCACGCGGUUCUUCAUUUGAAAAGUUUGCUAUUACAAAUAUAAUUUGAUAUCGAUAUUCCUCGUUUUUCAACAGAAAAACGGAAAACAGUUUGCCAGCAUUUUUUGAAUGGUAAUUGUCGGUUUGGAGACAAAUGCAGGAAUGAACAUCCUUCUGGAAGAGGUAAUUGUCAUAUUAUUUUAAAAUAUUGUGCAAAUCGAAUGUUUUUGUAUAUCUCAACUCGAAUCUGUGCAUUUACAUGUACGAGUAUUUUUUUUGGUAGCUUCAAGCUAAGGCAUCAGAAAAACUAAAACUACGAAGUUAUACAUAGAGUUGAGUUUACUAACUAAAGAUUAAAAAUACUGAUCCACUUAAUGAAUGUUGUGUGUUAAUUUGCAGCAAAUACUGGAUUCGGUCAACAGAAUUCAGGAUUCAGUGGAAGAAGUGGGCAAUGGGGCAAAUCUUAUCCUUCUAACCAGGUAAAUAAACAAGAAAUAUACAGAAAAAUCCAGAUUUUUAUUAAAUGACUAGUGUCUUUUCCAUCGUAAGUUUCUCUAUCCGAGAGUUUGGAUUGAAAAGGUCACCCCUUGUUUUUGAUCAUUUUGAAAGGGCUCUAAAUUUUCUCAAUUUAUUUACGCAACUUUUGUUUACAACACAUGCAAUUCAGAACAGUUCAGAUAGCGCAAAAUAUGGACAUAGUUUACAAAGGUUAAUUCUUACAAAAAAAAAAAAAAAAAAAGGACUACUAGUUGAAGAAACAAGAAAAAAUCCAGAACCAUGUUCUUCUGUAGAAAAAGUUACAUCAAUACAUUUUAAAAAUUUGGAGCUUUUUAGAAUGUGACCUAAAAACUGAGGAACAAUUUGUAGCCUGAAUCUUUUAAAACAAGCUGUUUAUGAUCAAAAUAGUCAUAAAAUAUGAACUGGUAGUUUAUAAUGAACAAUAUCAGUUGCUUUUCUUAACAUCAAUGAUUGACACUUUUUUGUUGCCUCUGUGCCUGUAUAGAACCGCUUUGAAGUUUUGUCCAGAGAAACUCAGCAUUCUAAAGGUGCGGAGGAUGACAUGACACCAUCUCAAAUUCAGUAAGAUGAGUAUGUUGUUUUAAAAAUGCAUGUCACUAAAUGUGAUUUAAACUAAUCUAGGCCCACAGCAAUGCCUCUCAACCCUUUGGCAAAAUGGGAGAAUGUGUAGUCUUCUAUUGGCUAGCAUUUUGUCACCACUCAGGAAAGUGACACUACAUAAGAAAAUGCUACUCACAGAAUUGACGCUCAGUUUGUUUAACAAACUGAGCAUCAACAGAUACUCCUUUGUUGGUUCUCAAAUCUAAGUUUGGAUUUUUUCUUUAAAUUAAUAGAAGAACCAUACAAACUGAAAUGGCAAUAUGGGAAAAGAGUAAACAAUGGCCAUUGUCUUGUUUCACUUACACAAAGGAAGAACCAUGCUUACCAGGUGAGUUUAUAUGAAGUUUUACGGCACAAUCCACUCUUAAGGCUGUUUAAUUGGCCUUUUGUUUGAACUUAUUAUAGGUGGAUUGCAAAUUAGCUUCUGUCACAGCCCCUUCUCUUCCCCCCCCCCCCUUAUCUCCAAUUGUAUUGUGUUUUCCAAUCUACUUUAGGAGUACCACCCAAGUUAACCCUUUAACUCCCAGGAGUGAUUAACAGGUAAUUUCUCCUAACAACAUCCAUAUAUUAUCCAACAAACAGGUAAUAAUAAUACUUUAACUUAUCAGGUGGAAGUUGUUAUUUUGAAUUGAUACCAAAUUCUCCAAACUAAUUUACAAGCAAAUGUGUAGCCACCAGAGGGGAGAAUUAACAAUCAGAUUUUGGGAAUUAAAGUGUUUAAAAAAGAACUAUGAACACCUGAAAAAUGCUCGAAAUGUUUAUUGAAUUCUGACCAAUCACAUAGCAAACCAUAAAACCACAGAUCAGUGAAUGUGACUGAAUACAGUGAAGAUUUCUCACACCUGGUUGACUUGUCUCCCCAUCCAGAAAUGUUUUCAGAAGUUACAGUUUUCUUACUCUUACUGUAAAUAUAUUCUCUGUAGAGAGGUGUGGGGCCUGAAAUUUUAAAGUUAACAGGUGACUUUAUCAGGCAUGCUGUAGCAGCUAUAAGAUUGUAGCCUUUUGAAAAGUUAUGUGGUACUUGUGUUAAAUUAUUACAAUGAUGCCUUGUGUUAUGAAUGUUAUUUUAGGUUUGCUGGACUUCUCUCCAGAAGAAAUUCGCCUUGAGGCAUACAAUGCACAUGCUGAAGGGAAGGCUGAUAGCUAUGUAAGAUGAUCUAUAUCUGGAUUUUACUUUAAUCCUUUACACUUUAACAUCAGCAUGCUUAUUCUCCAUACUGUUCUCUAUACAUUUCCUAUGUUGCUGACAAGGAGAAUUUGUUUCACAAGUAAGAGCUUUAUUCGGCAAUCCAUUCCUUAAAUUUCAUAAGUUUUUUAUUGAGAAUUGUUACUGUAGGGGGAAUUUAGAUGCUAGUCACUCUUAGGGGUCAGGGGUUAAGAUUCAUAACUCAGAAUUUUAAGGAAGAGAUAUUUGUUCUGACAUGGGGCUGAAUCAAUAUUUCCUCAGAUAUUUCAAACUCACUCUAAUUAUCCAAUUUUUGGUUUUGUUUACAGCAACAAGGACUGAAAACUCUUAUCACUGCUAAUCAACAAAAGCGGCAGCAGUUAGGACACAUGUCAGUCUCACAGAUUGUAAGCUCAAAUAAUAAACCUUUUAUACAGUAUUCUUUCCUUGAACACAUAUAGCAACAAACAGUUUUGUCCAUCUUUGAAAAUAGUGAUGAGAAAGUUGUGAGUUAUCCUCCAUGCACUAACGGGGAUGAUUGAUGUCAGUGUCAUGAAUGGGCCUUUCUAGUGUUUAAUUACUGGAUAUUACAGAUUGAUAGAUGCCCAGAGUUGCUUGUCACUACCAUCAUUUAAAUGUGAUGAUAUGUUGUGAGGACCAUUCUGUAAACCACUUAUUGUAAUGUUGGUUCCCUCAAUAAAGAUUGUGUAAAAAAAUAUAGUCCUGAUAUCUGUGGAGACUCCCUAAGCCUAUGUGCGUGUUUCAGUUGUAGGUCAUCGAAUAUAAUUAUAGUGAUAUGUUCUUUUUGAAACACUUGGACAAUUUUGUUUUUCAUUAUCAGCAAGAAGAGAUAAAGAAGCAGCGCAGCCAUAAGGUAGCAGAGUCAAUGGAAGCAGGAUCAUCAAUGCUACAGACACAAUCAGGGAUAGGUUUUAAUGGACAUAGUUCAUUUGGUCAGAUGAGUAGUUUUACAACUAGUGGCCCUGUUUUUCAGUUGACUGGCUUCCCAUCUCCAGCAGCUACAUUGAACCAACCUAGUAACUUAUUCAGCACAAGUAAUUCUACCAAUCAAGUAAACCUGUUUGGACAGAGCAAUGUCCCAGCAAUGACUGGAAAUGUUUUUGGGAAUACUUUAAGUGCCAGCAAUCAGCAAACUGGAAUGACCAGUUUUCCUUUAACUGGCCAUUCCACGACUAUGUUUAGUACAAACUUAAGCCAAUCAGCCACUUCAAAUACUGGCUUCUCUGGAGUAAAAACUGAAUCAAAACCCGGAGUGUUUGGUUCUGUAUCUUCGCAGACAGUGACUGGGGUUUUUCCGAGUGAAUCCCAAGUACAGAAAGGCAAUGGAUCAAGCAGCUCAAUGGUAGGUGUAUCUGGUCAUUUUUAACAGCAGCAAAAACAAAGGAGCAAAGCUGUUACUUUAAUUUCACAAACUGGCCUAGGGCCUGACAAUUUUUUCUCGUGGAGGGUGUUGGUGGGUAAGCUGAGCUGGUCCAGUGUUUCAUCCCAGGGGUGAAAGGGAGUGAUUGCUCUCAAUGUGCCUCGUGACAAGGCAUCCUUAAUAAACUACUUUCCCUCGGAGAAAACGUAAACCUUUGAAAGCAAAGAUAGCUGGUCAUUUUUCUGGGAAUCGUUUCGCCCAGAGUCAUAUCCAGCUAAUAAUUGAAUUUGUUUUGCCCGAAGGAGAAUGCACCCAUUGUUUUAUCACUACAAUUUUACAUUGAAGCAAAACUUACACCUUGUUCAACUUGCACGUUGAGAAUGAUACAGAAAAGAAAAUACAAGGAAUAUGAGUCUAAAGCCGCCCAGUUUCUUAACCCUUUCACUCCUGGUAUGAUCAAUAUUUCAAUUCUCCACGUGAUCUCGAUACAAUGCUUCGCAAGCAGUUAAAGGGAAUGAAAAGUAUUAUCAAAUAAGGGCUGCUCCUUUGAUCGAAUACAGAAUUCUCAACCUAAGCUAAGAAUGAAAUUAUGGCGAUUUGUUUCGGGAAUGUGCUCUCAGAUCUUGGCACUGAAAGGACUAAAGCUAUUUCCCAUUUCAAAGGGUCAGUUAGAACACAGGAAAGUAAUUUAACUCCAGUUUUGCGACUUUAUUUUUUUCCUUUCUGAGCAAUCACUUCCAAAGAUAUGAAGGUAGUCUUUACUUGCUGGAUCUUGAUAAAGGCAGGUCUAUACGCGAAUGAAGUCUUUUGAGGUGCCCUUUUAGCUCGCUUUCUUUGUCAUUCUUGUCGCAUCCAUAAAACUUUCAAUGGAAUCAUGAUUUUGUGUUUAUAAAUCGAUACGAUCGUUACUUUUAGACAAUACAACAUUACUUCAUUUCGUAUAUUUUGUCAAGAGUCUAAAACCAGAAAUUCAGUUGAAAUCUUCGAGCGAAAGAUACGAGAAAGUUAUAGAUCGUGUCUGUUUGUGAUCUCUUUGGUUAGUCAUUAUCAAGUUUAAAUUUUUCAUCCUUACAUCAUUAUUGUCAUUAACAAGUUUGAAUUUUUCUCCAUGAGAGAAAAAUGUUGAAUGCAAAAACCAAGAAUGUGUUGUGCAUGUAUUUCAGCGCUGUUUUGGUGGCAGCACCCUUGUGAAAAGACCAGAGAUUUUUGUGCUGUUUCGUAUUCACUGCUGUACGAAUAAAAUGCCAUUGUUUGGUAAUAACUAUGGCUAAAUAACUUUUAGCAGAAAUUACAUAUUCAUGUAGUGAAUCGAAAGUUUAUGAAUCAAAUUGGCGAGUUUUUUUGCGACAUGAAAUUUGGGGAAAGAAGACUUAAUGCAGUGGGAAUAACGGGCUUGAACUUGUUUUGAUUUUUGUUCUCUCUACAGAGAUCUGCUCCAGAAGCCACCUCAUCAAUGGAACAGUCAACAACUGUACCUUUGAGUUGUAGUGAAGAAGAUAUGCAGGCCUUCAGGGCGGACAGUUUUGUGCUUGGAAAGAUACCUGAGUGUCCACCACCAUUAGAAUUAUGUUAACAGCUUUGAUCCUUGAAAGGCUGAGAUAUUCUUGGCAGCUAGUAUCUUGUAAAAUUUAGUUUGAAUUAUUCAUUUCUUCAUUUUCUAUUCCUGUCAAUCCGGCUUCACCUUCCUAAACCGUCGUUGUCCGCUUUGGUUCGCUAGCAUCUCUUUGGUGUUUUUCUACCCGGACUUUAUUGUUAUGUUGGGUUGCAGUGACGGUAAAACUAGCUGCAGACCUCAACACCCUUUUACGAAAGGCACCAAGGACUCUCGGUCUGUCUUUUGUCAGUGAAGGAGGUAAGUUUCUAAGAAAACUGUGGUGCUGCGUCGGUGGGAGAGUAACAAGUGAGUUGAAAACGUUAAUUGGUCACCGUGGAGUGAAAAGGCUGACGUUUCGAGCGUUAGUCCUUCGUCAGAGCGAUCCAACGAAGGGCUAACGCUCGAAACGUCAGCCUUUUCACUCAUUACGGUGGCGAAUUUAUGUUUUCAACUCAGUAGUUAACACUAGACUACCUGUCGUUUCUCAGUCCUUUCUAAUCUCUCUGUUCUCUAAUAUACAAUUCUACUUACAUCAAUUUUACUUCACUCUGACUGUAACUCUGAUUGAUCUCUCUCUGAUUCUCACACUUUGAUUCUCACCGGCUGAAUCUCACUCUUUUACUUCUUACUAACCACUAUGUGAACUUUAAAGUACAUGCUUAUAUAUUCACUAUCGGUAUAGGCAUAAGUGGCCAUGCUAGCUGACUGACCUUGAAUAUUAAACAUUUGUUGUUAGAUCACUAACCCAAACACUUUUACAAGAAUCUCACACAUGCACAACAAUGUAUACUGAAUGCUUCCGAUCAACUGAAUCCAUCUUUGACUGUGUCAGCUAAAACAAGAACUUUCGUGUGGAUCUAAAGCAAGAUCAGUAGACAAGCUAAGCACUUGUACUGAAGGAAGAUAGACAAGACAGUUAAUUUGGAAACUCGUAGCGAGAGCUUAAACCAAAAUAACUUCGGACUUUUAAUUCAUACAGUGACUACAUGCUAAAUAUUAACGAAUGACCAAAUUAUACUGAACUAACUAAGUACUUCAUAGCAGUCAGAACGGUUUCCCCUUAAAAACUCUUAAAAUAUUCAUUCCUUAUGAAGCGUGGAUCAGUUGAAUCGCAUGAACACACACAAUAGUUUUGGUGGACAGAAUGAUUCAUGGAGAGCAAAGAUUGUUGUGGCUGCGGGUAUUUCAGCCCUGAUUUCUCUCCUGGAAUGUCGUUCACAGCUUUCCUUAUGGAAAUUGACACAAAGGGCAAACAUAGCAUAAAGGAGGUUAUGCUUUGUGAUCGUAUUAAUUCUUUUCGUUCUGUCUCGCACAGCUUUCCGGAGAAAAUGGCACAGGAAUCCGUCAGGUUGAUAUUCUUUGAACGUGAAAACUUCGGUGGAAAUUGCGUGGUAUGGCUUGGCAAUUUAAAUGCUUUUUUUUUCGUUAUCAACUGUUUAAAUUUUAGCCUCGGGAAUGUGAUCCUUGUGGCAAUAUUUACGGAUUUCUGAAAUGGGUGCGUUCUACAUUUCGCAAUUAAAUUCUUGUGACACUCGGAUAAAAUCGAACAUGAUCGAAAGCAUUCGUUUCGAAUCUUUUCCCGAGCCUGCGAUCCAUUUGACCAGCUUCAUACCUCGACUCGUGGCGCUGACCAAAAGGAUUACAUCACAUGGUUAAAGACUCACAUCUUCAAUGUAAUCGGUGCAUGCUGAUAGAGGGAAAGUUGAAGUGAUUUCUUACAUCCGUUGUAUGUCUGUGCUGUGCUAUGCGAGAGCAUUCGAUAUACCUACCGACCUCGGACGAGAAUCUUCCUCACCUACUUUACAAGAUUCCCAGGCUCUAGAUCGUCCAAAAAAAAUAAAAUAAUAUAACUAUCCGUACUCGUGAACAACAAUUUCUCUUCUCUUCUCUCCCUCAACCUCUAAUAGUGACUAGGAUCCAAUUUUUCCUUAUAACAUCACCCAUGAAUCAAACAUUCAGGUAAUGAAAAUAAAGGAAAUGGUCAUAAACUAGAGAAGCUCUGGAUUAUGAGCCAAAUUCUACUCAUCAGCAACUUAGGGAAUGUAUGGGGACCAGUAUGGAGAAUAUGCAUACUGAUGUUGGAGUGGAAAGGGUUCAAUUCAAUUCUUUUAUGUGAAAGCUAUGCGUGUGUCAAUAAACACGCCCUUUGAUAAGAUAAACAGUAUUCGGUUUUAUGCUAGGUUCUAAUUGAAAAUAACACAAAUAUUCCCAGAGUUGAGUUCAUAAAGUUCGCAAGGCCUUAAGGUUCAGUACUUAAGCUUCGUGUUCCUUUUUUUCUUCACACUUACCGAGUUUUAGGCGUAAUUUCCUAGUUACCUGUAACUUGUUCUCGGUGCCAAAAUAAGAAAAUGUGAAUUUUCUUUUUAAGCAAUCUUUGAUUGAUCGAGUGUCGUUAAACCAAAAUGGCCGUUAAGAACAAAAUUAACUAUCGGUAGGAGCCAAUAGGAACUCACCUUACAUGUAAACUGUCUUAAGUGCGGGAAAACGUGAGUGAGUCAGGCCUAGGGUGCAUAUGCUAUUUUGGAGCCUGGUAAAAGAUAAAUGGAUGCUGUGCGAUGUCAUGAUUUAGGAGCCAUCUUGGACAGGCUCACCACUCGCCCAGAUUUCAUGCGAGAUCCCCGGCGCGGUGUUGAUUCACUUCGGUCUGGAUGCCAUGGAAAGAUAUGUUGAUAAAUUGCAAAUCAAUCAAUCAACAACUUUAUUUAAGUGUCUAAGUCUUCUAGAUAGCCACAAGCAGGUUACAGGGACACGAUAACAAAAUGAUUAAAACAAACUAAAACUAAGGGUGUAUCUAAUCAUUGUAAAAAUAAUUGUGAGAAUUGUAAAAAUACUGUGAAUAUCGUGUAAUGAUCUAUAUAUUAUAUAUGGUGUUUACUAUAGUAUAUUCCGUGACCUACCUACCCAUCCACCCACCAAAUGUUAGAAAAUACUAUGAGUGC